AUGUCCACUUUCAUUCCCUCCAAGGCUUAUGAUUUCGCCUCAGGAGCCGCGCCUCUGAAACAGUCGUGUUCUCGCAAGGCGACUGAGCCGUACCUCGGAACGUCCCGCGUCGCAAAGCAAGACGGAGCCCGUGACGAACACGGUUGUAGCGAUGGCUCGUCGCCGGUUACUGGCACAAGGGGAGUUGAAGAGCUCGGCACAGUGCGCUACGAAGAAGAAGAUGAUGUCCAUGCCCCGAGUACAGGGAAGGCGGUAUAG